UCCCGGUGCUGCUCCCGGUGCCCCUCCCCCUCCAUCACCGUGGCAACGGGAGGCGGAGCCGAGGGGGCCACCAGGAGCCACCGUUUGGGCGCACGGCGCGGAUGGAGGCGCACGGGGAGAAGGGCGAGGAGGGCGCGGGGCUGCGGAUCACGGCGCAGCUGCUGAAGGCGAGCAGCGGGCAGUUCGCCCUCGACUCCAUCCUCCUGCUGCGCCUGCGGGGCCGCGGCAUCGCCGACCUGGGCUGCUUGGGCGACUGCGCCCACCUGGAGUGGCUCGACCUCUCCGGCAACUCCAUCUCGCAGCUGGGCCCGCUGGCCGGCCUCAAGCAGCUGGCCGUCCUCAACCUCUCCCGCAACCGCGUCUCCAGCCUGGAGCCGCUGGGUUCCUGCGAGAACCUCCAGAGCCUCAACCUGGCCGGGAACCUGGUGAGCAGCCUGCAGCAGCUGCGCUGCCUGGCCGGCUUGCGGCGCUUGGAGAGCCUGCGGCUGCGCGACGCCCUGGGCCAGCUCAGCAACCCCGUCUGCGCCGCCUCCGCCGCCUACCGCGCCGCGCUGGCCGAGGCGCUGCCCGGCCUCAAGGCCAUUGAUGGCGAGCGGGUUUCGGGUCGGGGCAGCGAGCUCUUCCAGCUGUGCCGCGACCUGGACGGUUCGCCGGGUGCCGGUCCCGGUCCCGCGCCUCCCCGCGCCGCCCAGCCUUGGGUGCAGGCGAGUUUUUGGGAGCCGCCGCCGCCCCGGCGCAGCUCCAUCAUCGAGGAGGCGUACAAGCAGUUUGGGGAGGUGCUGCAGGAGUGCCGCGAGCUCAGCCGGCGCGCCGACGACACCAUCGCCCAGGCGGAGCGGGCGCUCAGCGUCCGCACGGACCCCACGGGCUCCUUCGUCUUCUGAGGGCUCCCGGUCCCGGAGCCCCGUGCGCCCCCGUCCCAAUUCCAGCUGCCCCCAAGGAGCCACGGGGCCGACCUCGCCUCCAAGCUGCUGCGGUGCCCAAAUCCCACUGCGCUCCGGCUCCUUCAUCCGCCUCGUGGUGCUCCGUGGGGUCCCAAGCUCAUGGCACCCAUGGGUACCCGGGCCCCCCGUCCCCCCCACCGCCGCCGCAGCAGCAGAGGAGCAGCUCAUCCAAACGCCUGGCGGAUUUUGGAGCUGUCCCCGACCCCCCCGGCACGGUGGGGAUGGGGGCUGCAGGGCGGGGGGGGUGUUAUGGGGCUGUGCAUUAAAGGUGUGGGGCUGUC